AUCUGUGAAAAUAUAUAAAAUUAAUAGUUAUCAGUUUAAUUUUCGAACCCAACGCCGAACUCCAUAAUGCCGCGUGCCAAGGCCGUGAAAAAACCAACAGAGGCGGUGGCAUCUGAACCCACUGACCCCACUCCAAAUGGCAAUGGAAAUGUCGCCGACGAAGAUGCUGCCCCUGCCGCCGAGGAAGCCAAGGUUCCGGCGAAGGGAAAGUCUCGAGCGAAAAAAGCCACCAAGGCGACUGUAACUGCUGAAAUCUCCGAGGAAAUCGAGGCGGAAAAGCCUUCCGCAGCAGCUGCACGUGGCAAGAAGAAGCAGCAGCCGAAGGAUACAGAAGAAAACGGCGAGAGCGAGGCGGUGGCCAAGCCAAAGGGACGCGCCAAGAAGGCGGCUGCAGUGGCGGCACCCCAGGCCGAUCCACCAGCUGCUGGCCGGACCUCCAAGUCGCGGGCCAAGAAGGAGCCAACCCCUGCUCCCGAGGAAGAGGUUCCCACCACCAAGGGACGCUCCAAGACUGAGAAGCCAGCCACUGUCCAGGAGCCCAAGGGCAAAGGACGGAAGAGGAAAGACACGCCGGCAGAGGCCAAUGGAGAGGCCGAGGAAGUGGCUGAGCCACCAAAGCGACGGGCCAAAAAGGAGGUCACACCGGCACCAGAGCCAGAGCCAGUGGCAAAUCCCAAGGAGAAAGUCCCUAAAGCCGAGGCAGCUGCCAAGCGGGCACGCGGAAACAAGCGCCUGGCGGACUCUGAGAUUACAGCUGCCCUCGAGGAGGCAGACGUGGAUGAGGAGCCUCCAAAGGCGGCCAGCAAGCGAACCAAGAAAGGAAAGGCGGUUGAACCGGAACCCGAGACUGUAGGAGAUUCCGAAAUAGUAAAGGAUGAAGUGGAGUCCGCACCAAAGGCUACUGCUGCAGCCAAAAAACGAACCAAAAAAGUAAAGGAUGACGAAGGAGUGGAAGAAAAUGAGCCGAAGGCAGAGGCAAAGCCCACCAAGCAGCGCGGCAAGAAGGAGGCCAAGGAGGAGCUGCCUGCGCCCGCAAAAAAGCGCGGGCAGAAGGAAUCCGGCGAGAAGGAAAACGGUGUGGCAGCCGAAACCGAGCCGCCGGCUGAAAGCAAACCAGCUCGUGGUCGAAAAAAGGCAGCAGCUAAGCCAGAGGCUACUGAAGAAAUUGAUGGAGCAGCUGAGAGUAAACCAGUUCGAGGCCGAAAAAAGGCGGCUGUCAAGACUGAUGAUCCCGAAGACGAUGAUGCGGAGGUCAGCUCGAAAAGUAUGUUGGUGGAGCAAUCCGGCUGCGGUGGAGGUGCCGUUUUAAAAAGCUUGCAAAACAUGCUCAACUUUUGUUUUCCAGCAACCAAGAAAUCCAAGAAGGCCGAGGGCACUUCCAGUGUAGCAUUGGAUAAAGAUGCGUUCGCCUUGCCAGCCGAUAAAGUAUUCAACUUGAAAAUCACCAGCUGGAAUGUGGCCGGUCUGAGGGCCUGGUUGAAAAAGGAUGGCCUUCAAUUGGUUGACCUCGAGGAACCGGACAUAUUCUGCUUGCAGGAAACCAAGUGCGCAAACGAGCAACUGCCGGAGGAAGUGACCCGUCUGCCGGGCUACCAUCCCUACUGGCUGUGCAUGCCGGGUGGCUAUGCUGGGGUCGCCAUUUACAGCAAGAUCAUGCCCAUAAACGUGGAGUAUGGCAUUGGCAACGAGGAGUUCGACGAUGUUGGACGCAUGAUAACGGCGGAGUACGAAAAGUUCUACUUAAUCAAUGUUUACGUGCCGAAUUCGGGCCGAAAGUUGGUUAACUUGGAGCCACGUAUGCGCUGGGAGAAGCUUUUCCAGGAGUACGUGCAGAAACUGGACGCUCUUAAGCCGGUUGUCAUCUGCGGCGACAUGAACGUUUCUCACAUGGCAAUCGAUUUGGAGAAUCCAAAGACCAACACCAAGAAUGCCGGCUUCACCCAGGAGGAGCGUGACAAAAUGACCGAGCUGCUGGGCCUCGGUUUUGUGGACACCUUUAGGCAUCUGUAUCCCGAACGGAAGGGCGCCUACACCUUCUGGACUUACUUGGCCAAUGCGCGAGCCCGCAAUGUGGGCUGGCGUCUUGACUAUUGCCUGGUCUCGGAGCGAUUUGUCCCAAAGGUGGUGGAGCACGAAAUUCGCACCAAAUGCCUUGGAAGCGACCACUGCCCGAUAACCAUAUUCUUCAAUAUCUAGAUGUAUACUUCGUUUUUAUGUACUUUUUCAUUCGUCAUAAUUAUUCUGUUUCCAUUUAAUAUUUGGUUAUUAUUGUAUUUAUUUAUCCAUUGCUGUACAGUGCGUACGGCCUAAUUAAUUUGUUAAAAUCAACAUUACACUAUUCAGUUGUAGAUCGACCAUACGAAUUGGAAUUUUUUAAAUAAAGUAAGCUACUCUGAUUCA